AUGAAUACGGAGAGUGAAGCUCCAAGAAGAGAUUACGAUAUUACGCAAUCGGGUAGUUUUACUAAGGGAGAAUUUAAAAUUAAUAUGAGUUGGAAGAAUAUGUCUUUGAAUGAUUUGGAAACUUUGCAUAUGCUCGGAAAGGGAUCAUCAGGCAAUGUUUAUUUGGUUUCUCAUAAAGCAUCGGGACAGUUCCUUGCUUUGAAAUACAUUUCUGUUUUUGAUGAUCAAAAGAGAAAGACAAUUAUUAACGAAUUACAAACUCUGUAUACCGCUUCAUCAGAAUUUCUGAUUGGGUUUUUCGGUGCAUUCUAUCAGGAAGGAAAUAUUCAAAUUGCUUUAGAGUACAUGGAAGGAGGAUCAUUGAGUGAUAUUAUAAAGACUGUUCAAGGACCAAUUCAAGAGAAAUUCUUGGCCAGAAUUAUACAACAAGUAUGUUUGGGAUUGAAGUACUUGCACAAGGAACGUCACUUGGUACACAGAGAUUUAAAGCCAGGUAAUAUUCUUUUUAAUACUAAGGGACAAUUUAAGAUUUCAGAUUUUGGAGUCAGUGCUGAGCUUGAUAAUACAGGUGCAGAAUGUGGAUCAUUUGUUGGAACUGUUACCUAUAUGAGAUUGGAAGGAAAAAAGUAUUCAUUUGCUAGUGAUAUCUGGGCUUUGGGUAUUAUUGUUUUGGAAUCUGUCACAGGUAAAUUCCCAUUCAGAGAUGAACAAGAUGAAGCUAUUGGAGUUUUCUGGGAAUUAUUGAAUACAAUCAAGACGAAGGAACCACCAUCCAUCUCUACAAACAUGGGCUACUCAAAGGAUGUUUGUGAUUUUAUUGCUCUCUGCCUUCAAAAGGAUCCAAAACAAAGAGCCACUGUUUCUGAUUUAUUGGAACACCCAUUCAUUUCCAAGCAUUGCACACAUACACCAACAAGUGCAUCUGAAUGGCAACAAUAUAACAAUUGGAUAAAUCAACUCGUCAAGAUUCGUUCUCAAACUGAAAAAUCAGCUCAAUUAGAUCAAAACAUAAAGACUCAAAGUCUUGAGAAUAAACUAAAAGCCAUGGUGUUGUAAUAAAUUGAAAUCAAACUUCCAUUG